ACUAAUACGUGGUUUUUGGUGAUUUUUAGCAUGGCAGGAAAAAUAAAUUGGCAAAAAUAAGUAGCCCACAGGUUGUCAGCGCUUAAUUCCGCCGUACCAUGUGUACCUGACGUCCGAAGUUUAUAAAAAUCGCGUUUACCUGACACUGGCAGAAGCCACGUCGGCAUGGGGGGCCCGAAUAUCAAGGAGCAGCAGCAAGAGGAGCAUCCACAGCCAGUGAGGGCUGCGAGGCAGACCAAUCCUUUCCGCCUGGUCCUGUUCUUCAUUGCCGGCAGCUUGGCGGCCAUCACCUUGCAUGCCCUGACUUCCUCGAAUCUGGGCUUGAGACUGCGCCAGCUGCACCACCUGCCAUCCGCCCACUACUUGCAAACGCGCGACGAGUUCGCCCUAUACUCCGUGGAAGAACUUGAUGCCUUCAAGGAGUUUUACGAUAAGAGCGUCAGCGACAGCGUCGGUGCCACCUUCACGGAGGCGGAGCAGACGAACAUCAAUGAGGCGUUGGGAGCUCUUCGACUGGCCCAGGACAUGUACCUGGCGGGCAAGGAUGACAAGGCGGCCCGCCUGUUUGAGCACGCGCUGGCUCUGGCUCCCCGCCAUCCCGAGGUUCUUCUACGCUACGGAGAAUUCCUUGAGCACAAUCAGCGCAACAUUGUUUUGGCGGAUCAGUUCUACUUCCAAGCCCUAACCAUCAAUCCGAGCAACACCGAGGCACUGGCGAAUCGGCAGCGCACGGCGGACGUAGUCCAGACGCUCGACGAACGUCGACUAGAGUCACUGGACUUUAAGCGAGACGCCCUUUCCGCCAUUCACGAGUCCAGCGCUGCCCUGAGGAGGGCCAAAAAAGAAGCUUACUUCCAGCAUAUCUAUCACUCAGUGGGCAUCGAGGGUAACACCAUGACGCUGGCCCAAACCCGAUCCAUUCUCGAGACGCGAAUGGCUGUCGAUGGCAAGUCCAUCGAUGAGCAUAAUGAGAUUCUUGGCAUGGAUCUGGCCAUGAAGUACAUCAAUGCCAGCCUGGUUCAAAAGAUGGAAAUCACCAUCAAGGAUAUCCUCGAGCUACAUCGCCGAGUUCUGGGACAUGUGGACCCCAUUGAAGGCGGAGAAUUCCGGCGUAACCAGGUGUAUGUCGGGGGACAUGUGCCCCCAGGUCCGGGAGAUUUGGCAAUUCUUAUGCAGCGUUUCGAGCGCUGGCUGAACUCGGAACAUAGCAGCAGUUUACAUCCCGUCAACUAUGCUGCUUUAGCCCACUACAAACUCGUCCACAUACAUCCCUUCAUUGAUGGCAAUGGACGCACCUCGCGUCUGUUGAUGAACACGCUUCUGAUGCGAGCUGGCUACCCGCCCGUCAUAAUUCCGAAGCAGCAACGCAGCAAGUACUACCAUUUCCUCAAGCUGGCCAACGAGGGCGACAUUCGGCCCUUUGUGCGCUUUAUAGCUGACUGCACGGAAAAGACCUUGGAUCUGUACUUGUGGGCCACCAGCGACCUACCCCAGCAGAUACCCAUGCUGAUCCAGACGGAGACCGAAGCCGGCGAGCGCCUGGCCCAGCUACAAAGUCCCCACUUAUCGCAAAGCGCACAAAUGCCAGAAUUCUACGAGUCCGGAUCUGGAUCUAUUCCCUGACCCCUUAGCAAAUUGGUAUAUUUAUUUUCUUUCGUUCUCUAUUAUUUAAAAUUAGCAAACAAUUUAUCUGUUGUGUACGUGUAGUUUGUUCAGCGGAACAACAUUAAUGACAAUUGCAGACUGUGAUCUUAUCUAGACUUAAGUACGUAACCAAAAUUUGUACAUGUAAAACUAUCGCUUGAAAUACAGCGUGUAAACAAUGCACAAACUAA